AUGGAGACCAAGAGGGAUGGCCUUUCCCUGAGGCAGUGGUCACUGUUGCUGUUGCUGCUGGGCCUAGUGAUGUCUCCGGCCAUUGCCCAGGUCCUCAGCUACCAGCAGGCCGUGCUCCAGGCUGUGGAUGGCUUCAACCAGAGGUCCUUGGAUACCAAUCUCUACCGCCUCUUGGACCAAGACCCCUCCCCUGACCAGGACAAUGACCCAGACACUCCAAAGCCUGUGAGCUUCAGGGUGAAGGAGACUGUGUGCCCCAAGACGACUCAGCAGCCACUGGAGCAGUGUGACUUUAAGGAGAACGGGCUGGUGAAGCAGUGUGUGGGGACAGUCACCCUGGACCAGGUCAGGGGCUCCUUUGACAUCAACUGUGAUGGGAGCGUCAAGAGACUUGCCCGGCUGGGUGGGAUCAUCCAGAGAGGUGGGCAGAAGCUCGGUGAAAAGCUUGAGAGAAUCGGCCAGAGAAUCAAGGAUUUUUUUCGGAAUCUUGCACCCAGGACAGAGUCCUAG